UCUACCGUUCUUCAUUCUUUAGCGGCGAAGUAACUCGGACGUAGUGUGUGUACAGUCACUUUUACAUAUUCUUUUGAAUUCAAUCAGUGUUUUACUUGAUCUUGAAUGCUUAUUAUUCUAUAUAAUUUUUCAUACUAUUAAAGGUGGUUAUACGGACUUGAGCAAAUCAGUAUUAUAUUAGGUGACCAAACUGAAACUAUCAGUGCCAUCUAUUGCAUUACGGAAUCCUGAAAAUAAAGUAGAACAUUUGUAAUCAUGAAAUAUAUAAAAUCUACAACGCUGAACCAUCAGAAAGUUUAUACAUCUGAACUCUUGUACCCCAAACAUAACAAGUGAACAAUGAAGUCUUAUUGGGUGAUACUCUGGUCACUAUGGGCGAUGCGACUGGUGCGGCAGCCAACGGCGCCCGUACUCGUCAGCGGAGGCUGGUUGCGCGGCCAGGUGGCGAGAGACGGCUCUCAUGUGAGAUACACGGGCAUACCCUAUGCUGCGUAUGAAGACAGAUUCCAGGCUCCACACUCCAACGUAUCCUGGAAAGGCAUAUUAGAUGCAACCGAAGAAAAUAUUAGAUGCUCCCAAAGAUUUACCGAAAACCUGAUUUCAGGUAUAGAAGACUGCCUCACUGUUAACGUUUACACACCAUUAGAAACUACGAAUGAACUAAAACCUGUCAUGGUGUAUAUCCAUGGUGGAGGUUUCAGAGAUGGCUCAGGAUCACCCUUUCUCUACGGACCAGAAUAUUUAGUCAAACAUGACGUUAUACUAGUUACAUUUAACUAUAGAUUAGAAAUUCUUGGAUUCCUAUGUCUUGGCAUCAAGGAAGCUCCAGGAAACGUUGGACUUAAGGACCAACUUGAAGCUUUACGUUGGAUAAAAAAGAACAUAAGAAAAUUUGGAGGAAACCCUAAUGAUAUAACACUGUUUGGUGAAAGUGCCGGUUCGGCAUCAGUGUCACUCCAUAUAUUAUCACCGAUGUCUAAAGGACUGUUCCACAAAGCGAUAAUGCAGAGUGGUUCUUCUAUUUCUCCUUGGAGCUUACAGUUUGAACCAAUCAAAACAGCUAAAUUAUUAGCCAAUCAAAUGGGUUACAAUAUAGAGGAUCCUCACGAGCUAUACAAAUUGUUCAAGAACAAAUCUGUUAUAGAAUUGCUAAGUACACGUAUUCCUAGAAAUAAUGGAGAUAUAGUGUUAUCAGAAAAUAUAUUCGUUCCUUGUAUCGAGAAAAAAAUUCCAGAAGCUAACCAGUUCCUACCUGAUUCUCCAUAUAAUUUAAUCACCAAAGGAAAUUAUAAUAAAGUUCCACUUAUUAUAGGGCAUACUAAUGCUGAAGGGUACAUGUUUGUCGGGAAGGAGAAUGAUACGACCAUGCGUAAUUUUAAUACAUUUGGCUCACUUCCACGAGAUUUAUUAUUCCCGACUAAUUUAGAAAAGAAAGAGACAGCAGAUCAACUUAAAAGGCUUUACUUUAAUGAAUAUGAUACAGAAAAUGAUUUCUUAGCAAAAUUAUCUAAAUAUGAAGGUGACAUAGGCAUUGUAUACCCCGUUACCAUCACAGCUGUGCUUUUAUCACAAUCUAUGGAUUAUCCGGUAUACAUGUACAAAUUUUGUCGGGAUGGAUGGAUGAAUCUAGUAAAAGCACUCUUCAAAUUCUGGAGGUAUCCUGGAGCCACUCAUGCUGAUGACCUUUUCUAUAUUUUUAAAAUUGGUGUCACUUUACCUCAGUCGUUUAUUGAAAUGAAGACUAUAAAUAGAAUGACCACCUUGUGGACAAAUUUUGCAAAAUAUGGAAUGCCCACGCCCAAUGUAACGCAACUCUUGCCAAAGAAAUGGUAUCCACUGGAUGUAAGGAAACCAGAACUACUGAUCAUAGACAAGGAGUUUUCAACAGAACUACUGUGGAAUGAUCCCAGCUUACGGUUUUGGAACAGAACUUACACUAAAUAUAGGAGAAAAACGUGAAUAUGUAAUACUUAGAUAAUUUUUUGUGGUGCUGUAAACUUUUAGAUUUAAAGAUAAUAAUUAUGGCAUUUUUAUAAAUAUGUAAGAAUAAUGUUUUAUAAAUACACACAAUAAAACUUUAAAUAUUA